AUGCCGGGAGACACGCCAUCGUCUUCACGUCGUCGCAAAGCCAUAUCCAGAACUUCCGGAUGGGCCGGGCUUGUGCGCAAUCGCAAAGUAUUUUCGAUUGCAAUCUUUGCCUCUCAGGGAGGACUGCUCUAUGGAUAUAACCAAGGUGUCUUUUCUGGGGUACUUGGGAUGUACACAUUCGAUCAGCGGAUGCGUUCUGCCAUCUCUGAUCCAAGGAAGAAAGGCUGGCUGGUCGCUAUCCUCGAACUGGGCGCUUGGGUUGGUGUUCUGAUGUCAGGUUAUUUGGCUGACAAGUUAUCCCGCAAGUUUACCAUCUUUCUGGCUACUGUCGUCUUUUGUGCAGGGGUUAUCAUUCAGACGGCUGCUAAAGAAUCCUCCUCUAUUUACGGUGGUAGGUUUGUAGCUGGUCUUGGCGUUGGUUCUACUAGCAUGGCGGUCCCACUCUAUAAUGCCGAGCUCGCGCCUCCAGAGGUGCGGGGUAGCUUAGUAGCGCUUCAACAAUUGGCUAUCAUGUUUGGAGUCAUGAUCUCCCUCUGGAUCGAUUAUGGGACAAAUUACAUUGGGGGCACCGGAGAAGGACAGAGUGAAGCAGCGUGGCGAAUUCCCCUUGCCCUUCAACUAGUUCCUGCUAUCAUACUUGGAUAUGGAAUCAUCUUCAUGCCAUUCUCACCUAGGUGGCUGAUCAACCAAGGACGAGAUGACGACGCCCUUGCCGUGCUUAGCAAUCUUCGCGCCCUUCCAAAGGACGAUGAUCUGGUUCGCAUCGAGUUCCUCAACAUAAAGGCGCAGUACCUGUUCGAGAAAGAGAUCUCUGAAGCAAGGUUCCCUCAAUAUCAAGAUCUUUCAUUCGUAUCCCAAUUCAAGUUAGGUUUACAUGGUUAUUUGAGCCUGAUUCUUGAUCGGAGUGGGUUCUAUUUUUCAUGCCCGUAUAUUAAUUCUAAGCCAUCACAAGAUUUGCUGUGGCGUGUCACUGUCGGCUCACUAACCAUGUUCUUUCAACAAUGGACCGGAGUCAACGCUAUUUUAUAUUACGCCCCUAGCGUAUUCAAAUCUUUAGGUCUAACGGGGAAUACUCUAUCUCUUCUCGCGACAGGUGUUGUUGGCAUCAUUACUUUUUUGGGGACGAUUCCAGCUGUCCUGUUCAUUGAUCAGCUAGGACGGAAGCCCGUCCUUGUCUCCGGCGCUUUUCUUAUGGCUACAUGCCACUUCGUCAUUGCCAUUUUGACUAGUAUAUUCCACAACAGCUGGCAGAGCCAUACAGCUGCUGGAUGGGUAGCCUGCGCCUUCGUUUGGAUUUUCGCCUUGGGCUUCAGUUACAGCUGGGGUCCUUGUAGUUGGAUCAUCAUCUCUGAAAUAUUCCCCCUGAGUGUUCGAAGCAAAGGCGUGUCCAUCGCUGUUUCUUCGAAUUGGAUGAAUCACUUCAUAAUCGGUCAGGUAACGCCAUCGAUGCUUCAGCACUUAGUAGGAUACGGGACUUUCGUCUUCUUUGGAAUCUUCUCCUUCCUAGGAGGCUGCUUCAUUAUGUUCCUAGUUCCAGAAACGAAGGGAAUAAGUUUGGAAGAAACGGAAGUAUUGUUCGGUAAUGUCACGAAUUUGGCCUCAGAGGAUCUCCGCCGUAUCGAAGACAUCCAUAAGCGCCUUGGCUUAAUUGUUGGAAAUAUUGACGAGAAGCACGAUGAAGAAGCUGGCAAGGUGUCCUAUGACGAGAACGCAGGGAAGAACUAG